UUAAUCUCCCCAGUCCCCACCUGACCCGCGCCGCCGUACGCCACCACCUCCGCGCGGCCGCAGGCCGACUGAGCCGAUGGCGGCGGCGCUGUCCGCGCUCCCGCGCGCCGCGGCCCGCAUCGCGCCGCGUGGCAUUCACCGGCCUCCCUUCCGCGCCCUCUGCCCCGCAGCCGCCGCCGCGGCCGGCGAGGCCCCGCAGUCUCCGGCGCCGUGGAGGCUGGUGAUGUACACCAAGCCCGGGUGCUGCCUCUGCGAUGGCCUCAAGGAGAAGCUCCACGCCGCCUCCCUGCUCGCCGGCACGCCCUACUCCCUCGCGUCCCUCGAGCUCCAGGAGAGGGACAUUACGACUAAUCCGGUGUGGGAGCGGCUGUACCGGUACGAGAUCCCGGUGCUCGCCAAGGUGCUUCCCGACGGCACCGAGGAAAUACUUCCCAGAUUAUCGCCCCGUCUAAGUGUGGAGCUCGUACAGAAGAAAAUAUAUUCUGCGUUUGAUCAAUCAUUUAAUGCAGAAACAAAUUCAGGACAGUGACCAAUAUGCUCAAGCGCCACACUUCCAACAAUGAUUAGAUAAGAGAAGAUGCACUGGUCAUUAGCAAGAUGCAGAUCAAUCUUAUAACAACGAUUGAAUAACUUUGAUGACUGUCUUGAUCAAACCAAAAGCAGCUUACUUUAUUUCCGUUGGGGUGCUGCCUCAAUCAAUGUCGGUGCCACCACUUCUUGCCCCAGAUAUGUACUUCCUACGGAACUGCGUUGGUAAUUGCGGAGAAAUCACCAUGGAAGAUACACGCAUUAACUUGCGAUGUGGAAUGGUUGCAUUUAGUUUUUUCACCAAAGCAGGGCAUGAAACCCCCCCGUAAGGAUUGGCUUUGGGGUGCUCUGAUAUUGGAGGCCAGGACAGGGAUGGUGUUGGCACUGGAGGCAAGCUAGGAGCACACGAUGGAAUGAAAGCUUGUAGGAGUGGAGACAGCUUCAAAUCCCUAAUUCUGCCAAAAAUUGAGGGAUUUAGGCCAAGGUUCCUUGAAUUCCAUUCUGUGAUGAUUUGGGCUAGCUGUUUCAGCCUGUAAAGUUGUAGAUAAAUGCUGCGAUCAAUUGGGGCAAUAUAAACUUGGACUGUAACUGGUGCUGCGACCGUGGAGCCAUUUGUAUUUGUUAAUUUGACAAAUAAUUCCUGCAUGUACAUAAAUAAAUAUAUUGUAACUUCAUCUCAA